UUAAUCCGUUAAAACCAGUUGCCAUUCAUCCAACAUCUGAUCGUUUCAUGCAUUUUCUUUGCGUUGCUGCAUUCAGAACAAUCAUCUUUUGGGACUACACUUCCUACUUUAGGUCUGAAAAUUGUGACUUAAGAGCACUUCUGACGUCAAAAUGGCAUUCCAGGUGGGAGUGAGGUUUAUUGCUCUACUCAUGUCUAUGCAUCUUCUGUUGCGGGCCGUCUACCAUCCCUGCACUGCACAAGCUAGUGAUUCUCAGAUAUCACCCCCAUUAUCUAAAGGGUCAUGCUGCAGCACUUGCUUCCAGGGUCCAGCAGGACCUGCCGGCCAACCGGGAAUUCCUGGCGUUCCAGGCCAAAAUGGCCAGCCGGGCUCAAUAGGCCCAAGAGGUGAGCCUGGAUUGGGUCUCCCUGGACCCAAGGGAGACACUGGCGAUCGCGGUCAGAAGGGGGACCAGGGAGAGCCAGGGGUUGAAGGACUCAUUGGCCAGCCAGGGAAGCUGGGACCAACAGGUCCCAACGGCGAGAAGGGGGAGAAGGGUGGAAAGGGUGAGCCCGGGGAAUCGACCUACGUCACCCCAACACCGCCCUCUGCCGUCGCUUUCACCGUUUAUUUGAGCAGUCAUUUCACAGGUAAUUCUGGCGAUACUGUCAUCUUUGACAAUAUCCGAACGAACGUCGGAGACGCGUAUGAUUCAGAGACAGGAGUAUUUACCUGCUCUGUAGCAGGUGUUUAUUUCUUCAGCGUGACCGUCAUGGGCCUUGUCGAUGGGCCACGGCCAGAUGCGAUUCUUGUAGUGAACGGUAGUGGCAUCACUCGAGUUCGUGACAGCCAUCCGGGCUACUACCAUCAGUCUAGCAAUGCCCUUGUCACCACACUGGUCAAUGGGGACACGGUUAGCCUCAUUGUGGGGAGUGGUGCAGGACAACGUAUCUUCUGCUGCUCGUACUCGUCCUUUUCCGGAUUUCUCGUCCAAGCCAUAUGACCAGAUUAUAAAAUCCAACCACUUACAUCACUUCUGUACUUUUGUUUACGUUUCAAUACAGUCCGGGGAAACAACCGUUUAUAGCAUAAUUGUUCUGAUUUGAAUUGUGACAGCGUGUAUAGCUUUUAACUGGAACUAAAAGACCACCUUUCGAUUCAAUCCAUUCUUGUGGUAUUUAGUACUGUAGAAGAUUCAAAUGACACAAUGUCGGCAUUUGCUGUCGGAAAUAAAGGAAAUCAUUUUAACAAAAAUUGAAAGGAAGAAUUUUUUGCACGUGGUUUAAAGUACAGGCAUUUCAGCAUCUACUUGUGCGCUAGCGUGGAAAAUAUGCCUCAGCGAGGCCCAAUCUUUCUGUGACUGAAACAUUUUUUCAAGGCCUAGCUGCCCUACGGUAGCAGACCCCUGGACCCUGUUAACGAAGUGCUCUCAAUAUGAUCUUCGUGUUUUCCUCUACACAAAUUCAAGUCCAUUUAUUUCUUCUAGUCACAAAAAGGAUAUACCCUGCCAGUGUAACUCUUCUGAUGAAAACAAUUUCAAGACAGUUUUAAAUGUACAUUAAGUUACUCAUGGGGAUGGAGGCCAUGACAUGGGCCUAUCUUUCUUUGUUCUGACUUCUUAGAACUGCCAAAAUAAAUAGUUUGACGCAGGAAUUAAAAUCAAGCCGAGAAGGAGAAAUGUUUGAGCAUUUCAGGCUGACUUCUUUAUAGUUCUGGGGUGACUCGGUGCUGACUGUGGAAAAUUCAAGCCUGUAGGCCCUGUGAGCACGGUGUUAUAGUUUCUAUCAAAAAACGUCAUCCAAAAACCCUACCCGAACCAAAAAAUCGCCUGAGGCCAUCUCACUUUAUUCACUACACGUCACAUUUUAAAAGCAAAAAAUCAAAUUAGAUAAAGUAAUGCUUUUCCAUGGCUUUCAUAGGCUUUACCGAUCCCAUGGGGAAACGUUCCAUUACAAGUCUCAACAUACGAGACAAGUUAUGUUAUGUUCAUGAAACCGUCAAGGCUACGAUUACCAGUCCAUAAGUCAGUGGUCCUAGCACUGGUCAGCGGGGACUCGAUGGGCGUUGUAAAUCGGAGAUUGCGGACGGUUAACUGGGGCAGUGUUUGUGUGUUUAUUCCUCCAUCGGGGUUUAUGAUCUGAGUCACAUAACGUACACCACAGACGUGGUGGAAGGGACAGAGAGCGUGGUCAAGACAGAUGAGGAAUGGAUGUAUUUUGUUUUGCACGAAAUCAAUAUUGUUCUGUUUGCAUUAAUUAACUCAUAACGGCAAAGUGUCGGAAUUCCACACUCUAGCGCGAUGUGACGCUUCGGCAACCCUCGUGCGCCAUAUUAUCAUGAGUAAUUCUUAAACGGUCCUUUUCAAUUUGCGGCACAGUAAUUCUGGAGAGAGAACUGAUGGAAAAGUUAGACCAUUUGUAGGCACAUUGGCCUUUCGGACUGUUUUUCGCACGAACGUGAACACAGUGAGAAUCACAUUCAUCUUGUGUGGAUAAUAACGCCAUAGAUUUUGCGAAGUAAUUUCUGUAUAAAGAUUUUUAUUUUAACCACGUUGAAUAGAUUGGAUUUUUUUCUGUUGAAAGUCUUUUUAAGUAAUUUUUUGCCAAGUUUUAAAUGUGAGUUAAUUUGGAUUAAGACAUUUUGUCAAUCCAAGUUUGAACAAGGAAUCGCAGAAGACACACGGUGUCCUUAUAUACACUGCCUUUUCUCAGACUGUCAGAAGUUUCCCGAUAGGGAUUUUGGUCGAAAACAGUAAACUCUCUGAUUGAUGGUGACUUCCAUUUCAACUGUACUGAGUUCUGUAUCUUCCGUCAUAACUUGGAAGUGUUGGUAAUCUUGCCGUGAGAUCUAAGACGUAUGCUUUUGUUACACGGGUGUUAUUUUAGGUAUUGCUGUAUUUUUUAUUUAAACCUUUUAUGAGCUUGCGUAGUCUUCAUGGAAUUUAGUCGUGUGUAUCAUCCCGUGCUUUGGAACCAGGGGGUAAGAUUCAAACCGAAACAUUUGCUUUCGAUAUAUUCGAGACAUUUCAAGUUGCCACUACAGCAUUUGCAUACAGAAAUGAACAACCUCUAGAGCUCCAGGUAAUGACCUUUUUUCACUUUAGACGUGCAUGGUACAUUGUUUAAAAGAAUGUAUUUGAAGUGAUCAAUUCCCUAAGCGAGGAAAGGUGAAGGGUGUUUACAGCAUGCCUACUGACCCGUAAGCAUUGCCAUCUCAUGGGUCUUUACGAGUAUUGUAUAAUUUAUCACGUGCUUUGGGGAAAAAAUCUAGAACAAAAAACAAGCACGUGCUUUUUUUAUUGCUUUUUACAUACCAGGGAGGUAACCCAAUCCUUGUAAAUACAGCUGUGGGCAAUUUUCAAUAAUUCAUUUAUGGGUAUGUUUUUGUUUUGUGUUUUUUAUUUGCUUGACACGAAAGGCCCAUUUUAUGACAUUUAUACCAAUGUUGCCGAUAAACGGCGAACCUUCAAUCACAUGGAAACCACUCAGAAAGGAAGAUGUACCUUAAGAAUCUGUGAAACUAUAAAUCUGACUUCUCUUACCUGGUUG